UGGUUGUAAUCAUUUUCUAGAUUGAAGUAUCUUGCAUUGUGAAUUUUGUAUCGGUCGGAUAUGUCGUGAAAGAAUAAAAGAAUAACUGUGCGGUGGUGAACCUGGUAACCUGGUGAACAAACAAACAAACAAGUAGAAUGAAGAAUUCAAGAAUUUAAUGCAAAAAAUCAAAAAAAUUCGCAGUAAAAAUCAAUUCGCAAGGACAUUAAUGACUGCAAAAUACAAGGAUGUACAUACAUACAUACAAUUGAAGAAACUUGAAAUUUGCAGCAGUGAAAAAAAAUAGGAACAUAAUUUCCCAUGUAUAAGAAAGAAACAAAGAACAAAGUGCAAAGAAAAAACGAAAAGGCAGCAAGUGAAAUUAAAACACACCCACACUUACGUACUGUAAUGUUCAUUCAUUCAUAUAACAACGACGACGCGUAAAGGUGUAGUGUCUCCCUCCCCUUGAAAAAAAACAAGUGCAGUGACAGCAUUUACAUUACAUACCCACAAGACAUCAGCUUACAACAACAGCAGCAGCAGCAGCAGAGCACAGAUAUUUUGAAGUUACAAUACUUAUCUACCUUGAGGUUUCUGUUUAUGUUAUCCCCACCUAGCAGCACCCUUUACUUGAGUUUUUGUACCUUGUGCUGCCAAAUGUAAGUGUGCCAAUGUAUGGGUGUAUGUUGUGAAUUUUUUUUAUCUUCCUGUGGCACCCUUAUCUCUUAUUCGCCCCGAUAUCAUCGUUAGAGAAUUGAGCCACCAACAAAUAAAUUGGAACAGCACAGAACACAGUUAAAAAGUCAAGUGAGAGUGAGAGUCAUUGACGUCGUGGCCGCAACCUAAAGCAGCGAUAUUAUCAUCAUCAGGUGCAUUCAUUGCAACUUAUAAAAUUACAGAGUUUAAUGUAUUCCUUUUAUUCACUGCAAUGCAAGCUGUGUGUUAAAACAACAACAAAAUAAGGAUUUACAACGACAACUCUUGCAUCGGUGAUGACAAAGUCAACAACGAGAUGUGGAGUUUUCGAUACAGUGAAAAUUUACGACAAGCUACGAAACGAAAGCCAACACUUGAACACCAUCACGACCACCAACAUCAGCAACAGCAACAACAACACUACCAACAUCCUCACCAGCAGCAAGUGCAGCACGUAAUCUGGAUCAAGACUUCUUAAGAGCAAACAGAAGAAGAAAAAAGUCAAUGAAUAGCAGCAUUUUUGCGAUACAAAAUACAAGUGAAGCAAUUCCAAUUCAAUUUUCCAAACAAUUCAAAUCAAACAAUUCCCUCGCCUCAGCACUUAAAACCCGCCCACCACUCUGAACAUUGCAUUUCUCACACACAUAGAGAGAGGAAGUUAUAUGAGGAGACCAGCAGCAAUAAUAACAACAACAACAACAAGAGCAAUAGAAGCCAACUGUUCAGCAUACCUAAAACCAACAAAAAAGAGCAACAACAAAAUUCCUUUUGAAAAGGCAAUCGUAGAACCAUUUCGUUUUGUUUUUCCACCCAUCAACUCUAGCAACAGCAGGCAAAACAAAAACAAAAACAAAAAACACUAUUCUCAGUUUAUGUUGGCUUUUGCAUGUAACAUUUGAAGAGCUGCUCCCCACGUCACUCACAUAAACACUCGCCCUAACACAACGCUUUAGUAUGAGACACCCACACAUAGUGGUGAAGAGAAUUGUGUAAAAAAAACAUUUAGUCGGUCUAGCAGCAAAAGAGGUGGUAGGCAUCUCAAGCAACAACAAUAACAACACUAGGCUUAUAGCCUCCUCUCACACACUGCUGCCGAAAUUUUCUCUUUUCAUUAGGCAUUUAAAUGUAACAAACAUUCCAAGUGUUUUGUUUCUGUUGGUGUUUCUUUUUUGCCCUAAUGUUGUAUAUGGAAUGUCUUUUGGAAAUUUAGGCCUUUUAAACUUCAUACAGCAGCAACAACAACAAUAAUAAUAAACCACAAUAUAAUAAAAAAAAGACAACGCUUGUGUUCAAACAACAACUAAAAAGCUUUAAGCUCCUUUGCAUUUAAACUUCCUUAGUCAUCGUUCACCACGUUUCAUCCUUGAUAUUUAUCCAUACCUAUAGCUGCAUACAACGACUCCUGCAUCCCAGUUUCGGUCGCUGUCUUUGCUGUUGUUGUCGUCGUCGUCGUCGUCCUAGGCGUAUUUAGCUUACUACGAUUCCAUAGCAAAGCCUGCAAAUUGUUGUACAAAAUGUCUUUGGUUGAGCGGUCGAAAGUGGGUGGUGGCGGCGGCGGUGUUGAAUUGGGCGGCGGCAGAGAUACCGAUGAGUGUUACAUGGUAGGCGGCGGUUCCAAUAUGAAACAUUCGCUAAGCACACCGUCUGGCGUUGAUGGUACCCCCUCCACACCCCGCCAUCGUGGUGGUAAAAAGUUAACGGUACGAAUACAGAUGUUGGAUGAUACUGUGACAAUAUUUCAAGUACAGGCUAAAGCUUUAGGUCGCGUACUAUUUGAUCAAGUAUGUCGACAAUUAAAUCUACUGGAAUCCGAUUAUUUCGGCCUGGAAUAUCAAGAGAAAGCGACACAAACCAAAUAUUGGCUAGAUCUGGAGAAGUCACUCAAUCGCCAGGUUGGCCUAUCCCUCAUAGAUCCUAUGCUAAGAUUUUGCGUUAAAUUUUAUACACCCGAUCCAUCACAGCUAGAGGAGGAGUAUACGAGGUAUCUUUUUUGCCUGCAGGUGAAACGUGAUCUAGCCUCUGGUAAUCUGCAGUGUAACGAGAAUACAGCUGCCCUCAUGGCCAGCUACAUUGUACAGGCCUCGUGUGGCGAUUAUGUAGCCGAAGAUUAUCCCGAUCAUACGUAUUUGUCGUCGUAUCGCUUUGUACCAAAUCAAGAUGCCGCCAUGCAAAGAAAAAUUAUGGAAAAUCAUAAAAAGCAUGUCGGUCAAUCACCAGCCGAAGCAGACUUAAAUCUCUUAGAAACAGCUAGACGUUGUGAAUUGUAUGGCAUGAAAAUGCAUCCAGCCAUGGAUCAUGAUGGUAUGCCAUUGAACCUAUCCGUGGCCCAUAUGGGUAUAGCAGUCUUCCAAAAUCUAACGCGCAUCAAUACAUUCUCAUGGGCUAAAAUACGUAAAAUAUCAUUCAAACGUAAACGUUUCCUAGUUAAACUACAUCCCGAGGGUUAUGGUUACUAUAACAACACUGUGGAAUUCCUAUUUCCCGGUCGUAAUCAAUGUAAAAACUUUUGGAAAAAAUGCGUUGAAAAUCAUGGUUUCUUCCGUUGCACAGUGGUACAAAAUACGCCUAGACGUAAGGCGCGCGUCAUGUCGCGCGGCAGUUCAUUUCGUUAUAGCGGUCGUACACAAAAGCAAAUUAUUGAUUUUGUUCGUGAGAAUUAUGUAAAAAGACAAAAUUUCCAAAGGUCACAAUCAUUCCGGCAAGGGCCAUUGAAUGCAAGUAGCCGAAGUCAGUCGCAUACCUAUGUGAACUCCAGCAUUUCAGCCAAUCCCUUACUCCCAAUCGAUACCGCAGCUUGGGAUUAUCGCAAUCAAUGCACCGACUCGACGACGCCUUCUCAGACGAAGAGGGCAGCGGAUACCUUGGAUCGCCGACCAGACAAUCAUACAGACCGCAAGCAUUCUCAAGUCACAGCAGCCCAGGUGGAGAUCUAUCAGACGAAGAAUUAUGCCUCGGAAUCGCCAACCUCGGCGGAACAAUUACACCACUCGGCAGCGGGUGCGCCGGACCAUCAAAUGAAUGCGAAUCGCUCUGCUUCACCUCAGGGUCCGCAAUCAUGGACUUCACCCCAACACAGCAACACUCAGCAUCUAACACACCAACAGCAGCGCGUCCAAGAUCCGGCUCGUGUGCAUCAAAGCGAUCACAAUUUAGGUAACCACUUGUCCCACUUGUCCCACUUGUACAGCAGCAACACCCCUCGUCGAGUCUCAGUGGCAUCCCAGGCGUUUGUCCCUGCGUCGCCGCCACACAGCAAUGCCAACACCACCAGCAGCAGCAACAACAACAACAACAACAACUACCAUCGCACUAUCACCACCAAUACAGUGGGUCUCUCAGUGGAUCUCAGCAGCUCUAUGGAAUUGGAUCAGGAGGAGGAGGAGGAGGAGGAGGAAUCGGCGGAGGCAUCGGCAGCAGUUCAGGAAGCUCUGCACCACCAAAUGCAAGCGGAAUUGGAGGAAUCGGAUUUGCCCGAGGAGGAAGUGGAUUCGGACUUGACUCAAUCUACCAUCAAUCGGGAGAGUAUGCAUACGGCAGUCUCGGCGGUGGGCCCGGCCUCAUCGGCGGUGGUGGCAACAAUAAUUGCCCCUCAUCCGCCGCAUCGGUCACAGGAGUCCCCAUCGCAAACUGUCACCCCAAUACAUUAUAGCAGUACCAAUUAUUCGAUGUCUAAACAGUGCAUGCUAAAUAAUAACGCAACCUCAACAGAAACCGAAACAGACAACAUCAUCUACACCGACAUCAAUGAUAUCAACCAUUACAAAUAUCCCGACUUUACGCCCAAAGUGGAGAACAAGAUCACCAAUGCGGAGAUCUUGAAUCUUAACGAUCGCAAUGACAUUUAUGCCACGGUGAAUCGCAAGACCAAAGCCAAGACGCGAGAGAAACAUUUCUCAGAUGAGUUCAUCGAUGAGAGUAUACUGCAGUAUACGCGUUCCAAGCAAUUGGGCAUGGCUGCCGAUAUACGCAUGCCUUUGAGUUGUGGCACUUUGCCAGAUGCCCAACCGCUCAAUACGUUCUCUAGCCUGAACUACCAAUAUCACAAUGAUCUAAAUCAUCCUUCGGAUUCUUCUUCCUCCUACUUUGGCACCGGCUUCAAUACCAAAAAAUACCCGAACAGCGAGAGAGUCAAAUUGGCUUUCUCGGAGAACUAUCUCAAUCCCUCAUCCAUGGAUUCGCAGAGUUCGACCUCGGUGAAUAACAUGCCUAGACAUACACACUCCUUGCCUAGAAACUCCGAAUUGUCGGGAGUAGAUUCUGUAGAUUCGUAUGAUAGUCAUUACCUAACCCAUCACUCGGUAGGUCAUUUGCCCAAGACCUCGGUGAAUAUUCCCCCCACAGGCCAACAUUUAGUAGGUUAUCGUAGCAACAUGUAUAGCGCCACCAUAGAAAUUAAGCCAUCGGGCUCCAGCGGAGUCCCCUUGGUGAUAGAUGAUCGUAGCUUGUCGGGUUCACCCUUGGAUAGGUUUAAGACCUCUUCGGAGAAGUUAGAAUAUCAGAUGUCAUCCUCGAAUCUUUAUUCGACUGCCACCACUUCGUAUGGCAAACCGCCAGUGGCCGGCUAUUCCAGCGAAAGUAGGGACGAGGAGGAGGAAGACGACGACCAUGAUCUGCAUGCCGUAAGGCGUAUUCAACGCAUUCAUCACAACGGCGAGGAUGAUGAUGAUGAUGAUGAUGACGACGACGACGACGACGACGAUGAUGACGAGGGAGUGGAGAACAUAUACGACCAAGUCGAAAAGGAAUCCUGGUUGAAAAGCACCUCUUGCAAAGAUCUUUAUGACUAUUCCCACUAUGAGCGGGAGCAAUCCAAACCCAUGACAGCUUUCGACAAGGAAUUCUUCUCAUUUAAUCGUAUUGAUUCUCCCAUCACACGCUACGACGAUUCGCGCCAUUCAUUGUACUUCACCAAGAAUCAUUCGAUAGAUGCCACCCAGGACUUCUCACCCCUGUCGCACUCCAAGGUGUAUUCCUCUAGCUAUCCGGGUACCACCUACAGCAGCACCCAGGCCCACGGGCAUAGUCAUCAUCGACGCGGCGGCUAUGGCCAACACGUUGACUACUGUGGUUCUCAAGAUGAUAUUUCCCAGGACAGCUAUGAAUUAUUGGAAAAAUAUGAUAUUGACUUCUUUAGUGGUCGUCGUCGUUCGGAGGAUCAUAUGCGUUCUUGUUCCCUGGACUCCGGCAACUACAUACCCACCGACGACGAGUCGGUGUCGGAGCAUCAGAAGUAUCGCUCGGCCAUGGAUGUGAAAUGCAAGUCGGCCGCUGAGCUUAUGAAUGAGAUUUGGGACAUGGAAGAUCCCCGGUAUUUGCCUAGGGAAAAGCUCUCGGUGAAAUCGGAUGGGAACUUCUAUAAGAAAAUCAAGGGCAAUUUGUCGCGCACAUCGAGUCAAGAGUCCCGUUCGGAUAUCUAUGAGACGAAAAUCUCGCGCAGCUCCGACUCCAGCAAGAAAUCGCGCGACAGCCUCUAUCAUACGGACAGCAAGAAGUCGCGCGAGACCACCAAGUCGAAAACUUCGGAGGCCUCCUCCCAGGACUCCAAGGAGUCUCUGGUGGGUGACUAUCUGGGUAAGAACUACGAGAUGCCCACCACCACAGGUAAGAACUACAAACAUUUGAGCAAAAAGGAGAAAUUUGAGAAGUUCCUGCAAUCCAGCCAGGAGUCUAAGAGUGACUACUAUGACGCCGUGGAGGCAGUGGAUCCCGCGGAUGGCCUUAGGCCCAAAGUCAAAUCGCAUGAUUGCCUGCUCUCCGACACCCAAGGAUCAUCGGUGAACAGUUCGUUUUACGAUAGUCGCGACGUCUACUCCACCUUCCCCAGCAACAAAUCGGCCAAGACUUCCAAGGUGCACUCGAUAAGUUUGCAGAAUGUGGAAAUCGAACGAAAUGCCAAAUCUUUUGGCUCCAAAUCGCCCGACUCGGCCAAUACUCCCAAGAAGAAGGAGGAGAAGGAGAUACAGACCAACGACUCCAUUGACCAGACCGCGCCCUUCAAGAAAUCUGAUUCACAAUCCUGCAAAAUGUCGGCCUUCCGCCGUCGCUCGGAUAGUGAGAACAUAUUCAGCUUCGAUAGGGAUCGCAUCGAAUGCAUUCAGAACUAUGGCAAGCAAUGGGAGUCACCGGGUCGGGAAGAGAAAGCCCCCAAGCAGAGUCCUGAUUAUCCUCUCACUCCGGAAUUGGUAUCGGAGUUUGAGAAGCAGCAGGCGCGGGCCAUGAAUCAAAAGAUCACACGCAAGGAGGAGCUAAUGGCCAAAACCCAUUUCGAGGAGUACAACCCCAUAAUGGUGCCCCUCAACUAUGCCCAUGCCACAGUGGAGAGAACCAAAAGUGAUCCCAAUUCAUUGGCCAAUCGUAAUCGUUUGGGCAGCAAUUCUCGCCGUCAUGUGCUUAUGCAUCAGAAAUCCAUCGAUUUGACGCCCGCUGACUCCAGCGAUGAGGAUUACAUUUAUAAGCAAAUACCCAGCGCCCCUCCUUUGUGUAAGGCCCAUGGAAAUUUCGAAAUACCCAAGUGCUAUGAUUCACCAAUGAAAACGACGGAGAUUCCCAAAAUGGGUUUCGAAAUGCCCAAGUCCUUCUUCAGGGAAUACGAGAGACGCUUCACCAAGGUGCUCAAGGAGGACAUACCCUAUGUGCUGCAUAAGCGGCAUGUCAUGAAUGGCACCGCCCCCUCGCCGGUGGAGAAAAAGUACAGCAAACCAAAAUCCCCCAAGUCACCAAAAUCACCCAAAUCCCCCAAGUCACCGAAAUCGCCAAAAUCUCCCAAAGCCGAAGCUUCCAAGAGCCUAUUGCAGCCUGACGCUGCUGAUUUCUUGCCCGAAAUUUUGGAUAGCUUGCUGCCCGCAGAGACAAAGGAGUUUUUGUUCACCCAAAACAUAGACCUCUCCAAGGUGGAUCCCAUUACCCUGGAGGUGGACAAGACUAUACCCAUCAUACAGCUGUCGUCGCCCACAAAACGUGAUAUAACCAAACAGAUAGAACCCUCACUGCUGGAGAAGCUGAACAAGAAACUGAGUCAGAUUGAAAGUGAUUCCGCCACUAGUUCAAGAACUGAAAGUCUACAGCAGCAGAAGAACAAACUGGAACAGAAGCAGAUCGAACUUAUACAGAGCCUAAGGGCCGAAUUGCAGGCUAAUGCUCGCAAAUCGCUAAAGGCACGCGUCAUACCCAAGACCAAGGUGUCGGGUAAGCCCAAGAAGGCCAAAACCCGCAUAACUUCAUUCUCUUCGGACGAUGAGAGUCUGGACUCGGAUGAUGUUUUCGGUUCGGCGGAGGCCAUACCCGAUCGCCUGGAGUUUUCGCCACCACAAUCGCGCAAAGAAAUCGAACCUAUUUUGAGGAUAGAACAGAGUCGCCUUAUCUCAGCCGCCUGGGGCCGAGGACAAACUAUGAGCUCCACAGAGAUUGAAGGAUCGCCACCGCAGUGUCGGCGUUUGGCUGAGCUGGAAAGUCGUUACCAUACCCAAAAACUAGAUCCCCAUUACGCCAAUGCCUCGGAGCUGAGGCGCAUAUCGGAGCGCUCCAUAUCCAUACCCUCCUCCGAGGAUGAGCCCCAUAUGCCCUUCCGGGGACGCAUGGAUGAGUGCACCAAUGAUUAUCAGCGCAAUGAGAAUAUUCCUUCACCCAUUUUGGAGCACACAGAAUUCUUUAGAAGCAAUGAUGACAUCUAUGAGACUUGUCACGAGGAACGUAUAACCGAAAUGGGCAUUGACUAUACUCUCAAGAAGAAGACCUCGCCCAGGCAAAGUGCUACAGAGAAAAACACCAAAUCCAAGGUUAAACUACUCGAUGAGGUCAUAGAUUCCUCCAUGGUUAUGCGCUCCAAGGGUCAUGCCCCCAUACUCUUUGCUCAUGCCCGUCUAAAUCUCUCCGAGGGCUCGGUGUCCUUGCAAAGGCAAAAAGCCGCCUUGGAAUCCCCCACCACGGAAAGGCGGGCCAAGAGUUUGGACACCCCCGUUAUAUCCCUGCAUAGAUUGCCCCACAUGAAUGCCUUCUCAUCCAAAGAUGAUACGGUGGGCUUCGAAGAGGAAGCUGAAAUACUGGAAGAAAAGUCCUUGGAAAGAGCCAGGGCCAAUCAGCAUGAAGAGGAUACCGCUGAUAGUGUUCACUCCUGUGCAGGAUCCAUACCCACACAGACCUCCUAUGCUUCGGUGAUGAAGGACUCCCUGCUUAGUGCUGUAACCAUAGACGAUGAGGAGAUCCAGCUGUUGGAUCAGCUCAAGUACAUAGAGAAAAUCGCCUUGCAGGGUGUUAAGAUCAAGGACAAGAAAAAAUCCAAAAUGAAACUCAAAAGUGGUGACCAUCUCAUAUUGAAUAUCCCCAAAUAUCGCUUUACGGAUUGGUCGCCCUACAGCUCGGCCAAUAGUUCACGCAAAACUUCCCCUGGAGUCUCCAGGGCCAGUAGCAUAGAGAGCACUGGCAAGGGAAAACUCAAGCUUAGCAUGGGCGAUAUGUGUAAAAUAAAGCCGGGAUCCCGCUCAAGGCCCGAGUCGAGACGCACCAGUGCCGAUGACAUAAAAAAAGAUGGCAAGGGCAAGAAAACCAGCCCCAAAGAGCGACCUCGAACCAUAGAGACGCGACGCUUAAGCAAAGACAAAAGCAAAAGUCAGGAGGAAACUGAGGCCGACAUAGCCAAGCGCAAGGAACGCCAACAGAAGCUCUAUGAAUCGGCCAUGAAACAGACCAUAACCAUGUUGAGUCCUGUCAAGGAUACACUACCGCCCUUUCCGGCUCCCGAGGAUAAAAUCUCGGUAAAGACAGAGGGUGAUAAGAUCAUCAUAGAAACCGAAUUCAAGAGCAAGGCCGAGGACCAUGUGCUCAUAGCCAAAGCACCCAGAAAACUGGAUACCUCGUUGACGAAAUUCAGCCGCAGCUUUGAUGAGGGACGCAGUCCCGAUAAGCUGGACAAGGCCAGUCGUAGCUUUGAGGAUCGCAAUAAAUCCUUUGAGGAUUCAGAAAAAUCCGAUGUUCCCGAUGACAUGGUCAUCAAAUCGCCCAAGAAGAUUGCCAAGAGCCAGGAGAUGAAGCAAAAGAUCGAAGGUCCUGUGGUAAUGCAGAAGCAAAUUGAGGUCAAGUCCAGCAGCCUGGAGAAACAUACCAAUGACCCGCACCAUCAUCUAUUGGGCGCCGAUGUUAAGGCCCGUAGUUUGGAAGAGAAAAGGCAAACAACGCAAAGCGAAGUCAAGAAAAGCGAGGAGAAGACCCCCAGUGCUCCUCUACGCAGUGCCAUAGGGGAUCGCCGCAUGUUUGCCCAUCAAUACAAUGUCCAAGAAGAUAUUGAUAUGCAGGCUGUCAUAUCGGAGAGAAGGUCUUUGGAAAUUCUGAAAAGAUCUCUGCCCUCGGAAGAUACCCGAGACAGUGAUUGCACCUACAGUCGCAAGGCCUCGACGGCUGAUAGCCUAGAUUCCUUUGUCUCGGCCGAUGAUAGCCACUCGCCUGCCAGCAAAUCCCCCAUACCACCAGCCGAGGGGGUCUAUCCGCAUCGUGUGCCCACCAUAGAAUGUGAAGAGGCCUCCAUUGAGGAGGACGAUAGCUCCAGGCAUUUAAAAGUCUCACGCAUGGACACCAAUCGCCUGAGUUUGGAUCGCAGUCGCAGUGAUGAGACUGGCUCCUGGAUGACAGUGGAGUGUGAUGAAUUUGUGGGUUCCGAUACCUCGGAAAACGAUCCCCGAACCUUGGAGCCCGAUCGUAAUGUGCUGGAAACCCAGGCAACCCUGGAUGAUGCUGUUCCCUUGGAAUAUUCCAAUUGUGCCACACCCACUUCGGACCUGAAUAUUUUGGUAACGCCUCCCAAUACAAGUCCCAUGGCUGAGAAAAAUAUCAUCGAGUCCUUUGAGACUCAAAAUGAGCUGCAGGAAACCAAGCGCAAGCCUACCCUGGAGAAGCAGAGCGACAAAUCAAAGAGUUCAGAUUCUUGGACCAGUGGUGAGAAAGACGUUAGUCCAGCUCGAGGAGAAAAGGGCGAUUGGAGUUUAUCGGUUAGCGGAGGUCGGGAGAAGAGUUCCGUCGAAGAAGAGUCCAGUGUCAGCUGUUCCAUAGCCCGACCUUUGGGUAUAUCUCAGGAUUUUGGUGACUUGGAUGCCAAGAAAUGCCUGGAACUCAAGCAGAAAAUGUUGAAACUGGAUGUGGAUUCAAAUGCCCCAGGGGGUGGUGGUGAUAGCAAAUACCAUAGUCCCAGUUCAUCCAAAGAUGUAACGCCGACAAAUGAAACGGCUCCGGAGCCAGGGGCCCCAGGGGCACAAGCCAAACCCUUAAUCAAGAAACCCAGCACUCCUACGCUGGAGAAACAAAGCCCCAUAGAUCUGGGCACCAGCCUUGAGUCCUACCUGGAUCCCAUAGAGGAGAAAAUCAACAAGAUUUUGGAGCGUCCGGGAGACAUCGAAUUCAUAGCCACCAUGGAGAGGGAAAAGCCCGCCAGAAAAAUUGAAAAGCCAGCCAGGAAACUGGCCGUUAACAAGGCCGAGGGGGAGAAAGCCAAAUCGGGCAGCAGUUCCCAGGAAUCCAAAUCGAGUUUUGAUUCCAAAGGAUCUCUAAGUGUGGAAUCGAGAGGUUCUUUUGAAACCGAAAGCAGUUCUGGAUCAAUGGGAGCCGCCCAUCGCCGUGGCGAACUCUUGAAUAAGGAACAGCAAUCCACCUGGCGUCCCUUUCCCAUAGAGAGCAGCAACAGCUCGAGCACCGAUGAUCCUUGGCAUCAUGUGGAGACCGAUGGCGGCUACGAACGCUUCGAUGUCAACCAGCCACAACGUGACUCCUCGGAUAGUGAGUUUAAGGAAGUCUCGCCGGAUGAGCAAAAGGAGAGCAGUGACACCAGUUUUCAUGAUGAGUUGAAUGAUUUUCCCACCACUUUUGGUUACCCGGCCAUGACCAGCUCCUUGAAUGGCAUUGGAGUAAAUCCCACAGACAUCAUAGGCUACAGCUCGGGCUUCACCUUGGGCCGUACUUUGUCCAGAAUUUCCGAGCGCAGCACAGCCUCCGAGAAAUCCAGCAUGGAUGAUGAUAAGGCAUCCACCCACUCCAUGAGUAUUCAUGACGAGUCCAUAGGCUCGGCCACAGAUCACCAGCCCAGCUUGAGCUCCGAUUCGCGCAGCAACACCAACCUGAAUUACAUAUCGGAUACAGAUCGUCGAACCUCGGCUGAAAUGCCGGACAUACCCUGCGAUUCGGCCACAGGUGAUCGUUUGUCAAGCACCAGCAGCUUCAAUGAGCCCAAGUCACCCACCGUGGUGACGGGCAGAUUUUCGGUAACACAUGUCGAUGAGCAGGAUGGGGAGGAUCGGCCCACAUUAAUGUGUCUUUCGAAUGCCGGCAGCCAGGACUCGGAGGACUGGCCUCUGCCAGAGAUACCCUAUGAUCAUGUGCCCGUCAAGCCCAUGGAUUCGUUGUAUGAAAUACCCGAUUUGGAUAAACCAGUACCUAAAUCAUUCUGCUGGAAAGCGGGCAUGGCAUUUCCCUCGGAGGACUCCCAAGAUUGGCCCACCCCACCCUCAAGUGCUGGCGGCACCCCAGUGGUGGUGGAGGAUAUAGAAACCUACUUCACCUCGGAGGCUCAAAAGGCCGAUCAGGUUAUGGUGGAGUCCUUUACCACCACCGAGCGCACCGAUGAUGAGGAUAAGCUAUCGUGUGAAGACUUCCCCAUAUCGCCACCGGAUAUGGCUAAAAUUUUACCCUACGAAGAUACCGCCUAUCUGAUGUCCGCUGCCUUUGAGGACAAGGACUUUGGGGCAGCUACCGGUGUUGGGGUGGAUGAAUAUGUCCAUGACUCUGCAACAUGUCUAAGUUCGACAUUGAAUGCUGCCACCUGUUUGUCAAACUCCUUCAAUGUAUCCUGCUCUUCAUCGUCGCCAAAGUCCCAUCGCAAUACCUCGUUGAGGAAAGAUUCGAGUGCCGAGACGGUUAUAAUGUCUCAACCCACUAGGUCGCCGGCACCCCGAAGUCCCCUGUCGGAGGACGAGGUCUUCAGCAAUGACGAUGUUUUCAUGCCUGGCACUAUUAAAGUGCAGCUAUCACCAGAUGAGAAUAAGACCCAGGAGUAUAUACGAAAAUUGUCCAGGGGCUCCAACAAUUCGGAUACCUCCAUUGAUGAUAUCCUCUCGCCCACCACAGGCACAGUGCGUUAUAACUAUGAGCACCGUCUAAGUACGGGAAGUUGCCGUAAAUGCAGCCACUCCAGCCAUUCGGAAGAGGAUACCAGCUCCAUAGGCACGGACCUCGAUGGCACCGUACGCAUGGGCAUGCAGAAGAAAUGUACCCACAGUUCGCAUUCGGAGGACACCUCCAUAGGUUUGAGCAUAUCCGAUUGGUCUACAGGCACCAAUACCGUUAGGCAAUAUGCCAAUCUCUCGGGCUCGGAUAGUUUGUCGGCAGUCUCGAAUCUUUCAUGUGCCAAAUCGGAAAAGUCCAAUCAGACGCGCUCUAGUUUGAGCUCCAUCAACAAAUCGGCCGAAAGUCUUUGUGAUAACGGCUCCUCGGAUGGUCUGCGCUAUGACAUGCUCUCCAGCUCGGAAACGGAUAAAAUGUCCGAUACCACCUCAGCGACCAAGAGUGACGAUACAACAUUGACUUUGACAGAAAUGGCACAAACCAUGUCGGAGUGGUCCACAUCGAGUAGUCGCACUUUGGUGGGGUCUGCCCCCGGAGAACCCCCCACCAUGGUGGAACAGAAGAAUGGUAGGCGGGGCAGUUAUAUUGACUAUCAGCCUUUGAAAUAUCACAAAGGUAGUCGGGAGAAAUCCGCAGAGGAAGCAGAAAAACGAGGCUCCAUACCUCAAAUCCAUAGGCGCAGCAGUAGCAAUGGCCUACAAAGGACAAGCAAUGAAGAUUUGCCCACACAGAAAGCAGGCACCUCCAAAGGCAGUGAUCCCGCCAGACCCGGCAUGCCAGUGCGUAUUACGGGCAAAGACGAUAUGAGCGAGACAAAUGCAGCUCGCAAGCGUAGAUCUCUGGAGAUGAUGUCCAAACGCUAUCAGAGUCAGGAGCUGUGUUCGGAGAGUGAGACGUUUGUGGAGAAACUGUAUUCGCCCAGUGAAAAGUUAACAGAACGCUAUCAAAGUCAAGAUUUUGUGGCUCUACAUGCGGCGGCGGCAGCGUCGGCCGCCCAACAGGCCUCCGGGCCUCCCCCAGUGGCACCCAAGCCUCAGAAAGCCCGAGCUCCACAACCACCUGCGGUUAAAACUAAACCACCAGCACCCCAGCCACCCCCCAAGCCGAUUAAACCAAAAAUGACUGUAACCCAGCCUCUAAUGCAAGCCUUACUGAAGCAUAUGAAACAGCCGGGAGUGGCCGAAGAGGCGGCUGCUGUAGCAGCAGCAGAGGAGGAGAAGGACCCCCAGCAGCGGCAGGAAGACAAAGUUGAGGCUCCCAAGGCCAAACAACCGCCACCGCCCAUACCCUCAGUGCCACCCAUAACUUCACCCACAGAUCUGCCCCAGACCAUAGGUCCUCCCGGCGAUAAGCCUUUGGCCAAGCACCACAGUUACGAUGACAAAACCCUAUCCAAGUCACAAAUACGCGAAUACAAGACCAGCAAAGUACGACAAUCCAACUCGUUCCACGAACACAUGCUGACGCAAUCGCAACAAUCAUCGAUGGAAUCCAUGCCUCCACGCAUAGAUGAGGAAUCGUCCUCAGUGGGUGGUGGCGGCGGUACCACUACCACCACAACAACGACAACAGUUAACAGCGGCAAUACCACAAGUGCCGAAAACUCCUCACCCAUGAUGUCCACCAGGGCGGAGAAACUGGUCAAGUGUUCGCCUUACUAUUCGAGCAGUCUUAGCUCGGAAUCGCCACCCAACCAGCUAAUACAGAAACCUCCACGCAAGGGCUCCAUAUCGCGGGCUCCCAUUGUCAAAAGCCCACCCAGCGGCAAUGACACGGACAGCUCGGUCGAUGUACGCACCACAGAUCCCAAGUUGAGGACGCGCGGCUACCGCAAGAAACGCCAGAUAACGGCCAAACGCAUAAGAUCUUCAGAUCGGGCACUCGUGGAACAGGAAAGCUCCGAAUGUUCGGAGGGCUAUAUGCCAGAAAUGGACUCGGGAGGUUCGGAUCCUUCCUACCGCCAUGAGUACUAUGAGUUCGACGAAGAGCUGGAAGAACGUGAACAAGAAACCGACGAAUAUGAUGACUAUCCGCAUCAUUAUUCCGGUGUGGCCUUUUCCUCCACAUCAUCGGCCUUUGAGAGUCUCGAUAUGACUGAUAAUGUGGAUGAAAUGGGUUUUCCACGCUAUGACCGUUUGAGUCACAUCACCAAUCCCAUAUAUCAGCAAUCCCUACACCACUAUCAACAACAGCAACAGCAGCAGCAACAACAACCACGCACAACUAGUAGUAGUAGUAGUAGCAAUGUAGCCCAUGCACCAACAUCAGCUUCAGCAAACACCACAGCAAGUAGCCAUAGACCAGCCCCCGGCAAUCAUCCCAUGCCUCCAUCUACGGGACAACCCAUAAAACCGGCUCGCACCAAAAAACGCCAAUUGAAACGGGAAGACUCGGUUAUGGGUUCCCAAUCACAAUCCUCGGCCAACUAUUCCCAAUACCAUGAGCGUUCCUCUGCCUAUUGCAAUCCCGAAGAGAGCGAAUUCGAAACGAAGGGUGGUCUAUCUGAUGAUAUGGCCAAUAGUAGUGAGGACAGCAACAAUAGUUUCUAUCACUGCACUGGCACCAUUAAACGUUCCACCGCAGCAGCCGCAGCUGGCAAAACCAGCAGCAGCUCAGCGACAUCUGUUGGCAGUGGUCAAGGUGGUGGUGGUGGUGGUGGUGGUGGUGCCAGCUCCAGUGGCAUUGCUCAGCAAAGGCGCAAGUCGAAAUCAAGUGAACUAGAUUUGCCAUAUCCAGAUUUUCUGUCCGACUAUGAGAGCGAACCCAUUGAAUAUGAACGUUUUGCCUGUGGCCUCGAUAUACGAGUGGAUCCACCACCGAAAUUUCAUGAUUCCGAUGAGUUAAGCGAUCAGUAAGAGACAGCCACCCUAGCAGGAGGGUGGGUGGUGUAGCAAAACAUAAACCAGAACCAAGGGUUGUUCUUUGAAAAUUUGUGAAAAAAAAACACUAGGAUUUUGCAAUAGAUCCGCGUACUAUGUAUUGAAACUACAUAAAACCAAAAUAAAGUUGUGCAAAAGUCCACCCUUGAGAG